CUCUUCUCCACACGCUCUCUCUCCUGAAGGUCCAUGGAAACCUUACACCAUUUACAGCUCUUCAAGCUCGAUUCAAAGUUCACCUUUUCGCUCUCACCCCAACCCACAAAAACCCACCCAAAACCCCUACAAGUACUCUGCCAAAAACCCAGAAACCAAGACGCCUUCAAGGAAACAAAGCAGGGCUUUGUCGACUAUGACAAAGGGGAACACCAGGUGUCCGUACAAGUAAUUGGGCUUAGAAAAGCAGAUUUGCCGAAGCGGCACAGGCUAAGGGUUGAAGGGGACAGGUUUCAGAAGGACUGGGCCAUUUCUGAGGUGGUCGAAAAGAUUUUGAAGCUCAAUCACUGGGAGGAUGUCGAAAGUGUCUUGAACCGGUGGGCCGGGCGGUUUUCUAGAAAGAAUUUCCCUGUUCUUAUGAGGGAGAUAACUCAAAUGGGUUCAAUUGAACAUUGCAAUCAAGUUUUCUGUUGGAUGAAGAAUCAGAAGAGCUACUGUGCACGGAAGGAUAUUUAUAAUAUGAUGAUCAGGUUACAUGCUAGACAUAACCGAACAGACCAGGCACGUGGUCUGUUCUUUGAGAUGCAGAAGUGGAGGUGCAAGCCUGAUGCUGAAACAUACAAUGCUCUAAUCCAUGCGCAUGGUCGAGCUGGCCAGUGGCGUUGGGCAAUGAAUAUCAUGGAAGAGAUGCUUCAUGCAGCUAUUCCUCCAAGUAGGUCAACAUAUAACAACUUGAUCAAUGCCUGUGGAUCUAGUGGAAAUUGGAAAGAAGCUUUGAAAAUUUGCAAGAAAAUGACUGAAAACGGAGUUGGGCCUGAUCUGGUGACUCACAAUAUUGUUCUAUCUGCUUUCAAAACUGGGGCUCAGUACUUAAAAGCACUGUCCUAUUUUGAAUUGAUAAAAGGAACAAAUAUUCGCCCCGACACCACCACCUUUAAUAUUGUGAUAUAUUGCCUAGUAAAGCUUGGACAAUAUGAGAAAGCCAUCGAUAUUUUCAAUUCAAUGAGGGAGAAAAGAUCAGAAUGCUACCCCGAUAUUGUUACAUUCACUAGCAUCAUCCAUAUGUAUUCUAUUUGCGGGCAGAUUGAAAACUGCAAGGCUGUUUUUAACACCAUGCUUGCAGAGGGUCUGAAACCUAAUAUUGUUUCAUAUAAUGCACUAAUAGGUGCGUAUGCUUCACAUGGGAUGAGUGAAGGGGCCUUGUCAGUUUUUAAUGAGAUAAAACAAAAUGGGAUUCGCCCGGAUGUUGUAUCUUACACAUCAUUACUCAAUGCUUACGGAAGAUCACAGCAACCUGAAAGGGCCAAGGAAAUAUUUGACGCGAUGAAAAGGAACAAUUGCAAGCCAAAUUUGGUAAGUUACAAUGCAUUGAUUGAUGCCUAUGGAUCUAAUGGUUAUUUAGCUGAAGCCGUGGAAGUGUUGCGUGAAAUGGAAAACAAUGGGGUGCAGCCAAACAUAGUCUCGAUUUGUACCUUGUUGGCUGCCUGUGGCCGCUGUAGUCAAAAGGUGAAGAUAGAUUCCAUACUUAGGGCUGCAGAGGUGCGAGGCAUCGAAUUAAACACAAUUGCAUACAACUCUGCCAUUGGAAGUUAUAUGAACGUGGGUGAAUAUGAAAAGGCUUUAACUUUAUACAGGUCCAUGAGGAAGCAGAAAGUUCAACUUGAUUCUGUUACCUAUAAUGUGCUAAUAAGUGGCUGUUGUAAGAUGUCAAAGUAUGGUGAGGCCCUUGAACUUCUUGAUGAAAUGAUGGACUGUAGAAUUCCUCUGUCCAAGGAAGUGUACUCAUCUGCUAUCUGUGCGUACAGUAAACAGGGUCAACUGACUGAAGCAGAAUCUAUGUUCUCCAUGAUGAAGAUGGAAGGUUGUUAUCCUGAUGUUAUUGCAUAUACAACCAUGCUACAUGCAUAUGGUGCUACGGAGAAUUGGGAAAAAGCAUUUUCACUAUUUCAAGAAAUGGAAAUCAAUGAUGUCCAACCAGAUUAUAUUGCUUGUGCAACUCUGAUGAGAAUUUUCAAUAGAGCAUGCCAACCAGCCAAUGUUCUGAUCGUGGCUGAAUUUAUGAGAGACAGGAAGAUUCCCUUUUGUGAUGCUAUUUUCUUCGAGAUGGUAUCAGCCUGUAGCAUACUACGAGAUUGGAGGACAGCAAAUGAACUGAUCAAAAUGAUGGAACCUUCAUUCCCUGUUAUUUCAGUGGGACUUUUGAAUCAGCUUCUGCAUUUUAUUGGAAAGUCUGGGAAGAUGGAGACCAUGAUGAAGUUGUUCUAUAAGAUAGUUGCUUCAGAUGCAGAAAUCAACUUCUCAACUUAUUCAAUUCUGUUGAAAAAUCUUUUGGCUGUUGGAAAUUGGAGGAAAUAUGUCGAGGUGAUGGAAUGGAUGGAGGAUGCAGGAAUUCAGCCUUCAGUGGCAAUGUAUCGCAACAUACUCUCCUAUGCCCAAAAGAGUAGUGGAACUGAAUAUGCUGCUGUCAUACAAGAAAGAAUGGAAUCCUUGAAGAGCAAAUCUGCAAAACAAUUUUCAAGAAGCAAGCCAUACGACUCUGGCCUUUCCACCAGUGCAUUAGUCACUGGAACAUGUAUAUGAAGCAGCAAUAUUUAACAGUCGCAUUCCAAGAAGCUAACGGUAGAAUUUCGGCCUCCUUCGCUUUAAGCCAUGACAUUCACCAUGAUUCUCUUCACACCUUCACAUUUUGAUCAGUACAACAAAAGAACGACGCUGCAACCUGCAAAGCUGCCUCUGGUUGUAUCCUUUGUAUUCUGCGGGACCUCCAUUUCAGCGAUGGAAACAUUGGAAUAUGGUAAGCUAUAUCUCUUUACAAGACACCCGAUUCUAUUUAUGCAUGGUUGCUGGAACUUAUCAAAGAAAUUGUCUUGCAGGUUAGGUUAAGGGUGUAAAAAUGCUAACAAAAUCUGUGUUAUUUUUAGUCAUUUGUACAAUGUUAUACAGUAGUUGGGUAAUUGGUUUAUUCUCAGGUGGCUGUGAAUUUUAUGUAAUGUGAGAAUCUAUUGCAUUGUGACUAUUGAUAGUGAACUUUAUUCGAACCAUUGCAUCGUGUUCCAAUAGUGUUGCUCUUUUUACA